UGAAUCAUAUGUUAGUUAAUCCCCAGCGGUUCCCUCCACUGAUCUCAGACUCUAGAUUUUCUCAUAUAUCGCUCACCAACUCCUCUGGGAGAGACUCGCAACGUCCACAUGGCAGAUCCUCCUCUUCACAACUCCUGGCCCUCGUUCUCAUGGAUGAAACGAUGGUCCUUCAAACGAGCCUCAGAUUGCAAACCAUGCUCGCAACUUCGUGCCCAGGUCUCAACACCCAGCUCAUCCUCGUCCUUGUCCCCGACCUCUAUUCCAGAAGACGUCUUCUUUAGCAGUUCACCUGAGGACAAGAUAAAGUUCUUGACUGAGAGCAACGAGUGCAGCAGUGAAGAGGACCUUUUAGACCUCUGUUCUUCUCUGAGAGAUUCGGAAUAUUUCAGAGACCUGCAACUCGGAUCCUGUGAACCACCAGACAAACAACUUCUGGUCUUAACUUCACCUGUCUCUGACAAAGGUACAGCCCCUUUGGUACCUCCUGCAUCCACACCAGAAAGUCGAUCUAGGCAUAGUUUCACAGAGUUCGAGACCCAUCGAGACGACACCGUGAUUUCCACCGGAGGGGAAGCCAUGGAUCGCUUAGUUGCUAUCAGAAACUCAGAGUUCCAGGAUUAUCCGGAAUCUGAGCAAGAUGAGGACUCAGACUCGGAUAACUUUCCCACAUUGGUUAGAUCCAUGUCCACAUCGCGUAGACACAGCUGGGAAGUGCCAGUGUCGCCAAUUGACCUGGGAAGAAGGUUCAGUCUAGACACUAAUGGCAUUGAUAGUGAUGGGGAACGAGAGGACCACUGUUUGGCCAAAAGUCCCCAUCUACCUUCUCCCUCCUUCUCCGAAAGCUCAGUGGAAGAAACGACGGGUGCUAUGGAAAGUGAAAGCUCCAAAACACCACAGUCAUCUACACCAGUGAAGACAGUAUAUGCCAGAUCAGAGAUUCUCGCGACUGAUGAAAAAUCCCAAGCUGACAGAGUCUCCCGCAUACUGGAGACUUCUAAGCAGGCGGCCAGAGAAGCUGGAGAAGAGCAGGAGUCGGAAGUGGGUCUGCAGUCAGUGGAAGGACGGAGUCAUGUGCUGAUGGUACAGAACGUUCUGCAGGAGCUUAAGCAGUAUCAUGGAGCUAAACACAGAACUUCAAGCACAGAAAGAAAAGAGGGGACAGGGAAUUUCACUUGGUAUGAGUUUCUUACCACUGAAAAGGAUGGAGAGGAGGAGGAAAGACCUGAGCGUCUGGAAAAAGGGACCAAAGUCAAGCGGACUCUGAGCUCACUGAAGAGCCGUGUGACUGGAUCCUUCAACAAAGACAAAGGUAAGACUCGAGAGAAAGAGCAGCAGAAAGAAAAGAGCAGAGAGAGAGACAAGGACAGAGAGAAAGAGUUGCGUGAGCGUGUGAAAGUGCGGCGGCGCAGCGUGAGCGGCCACCAGCUCGUGCCUGGCUCGUUCUCCACCUGGGCCACAUGUUCACUGUGCAGCAAGACCCUGCAGAGGAAGCAUGGUCUGCAGUGCUUGAACUGUGCCGUCAACGUCCACAAGAGCUGCAAGAACCUGCUGCCCGAGUGCAGCAGCAAGAGCAAGAAGACGUCAAACGCAGCCGCUCCGUCACACAGUCAAGCUCUGAGGGACCCCUGCUCUGCCCUGACCCCCGUCGAUGGCUCGUCCCGGACGUCUCGCUGUGCUUCAGGUAUGACCGUACCACCCAGAGGACACAACACCCAGCCAGCCACCUCCAGCAACCCUACAGUCAGCCACAACAACAGCAGCAGCUCUAUCACAGGAGAGAUGGAUGAAGUCGACGCAUUCAGAAUAAAGCGCCCCGCUGACGAUACGGUGUCUCUCGCUUCCACGAUACCCGAACCUCUCAUCGUUGAAGAUGCGUAUUACACCAAUGUACGAGGGGAACUGGAAGCCAUCACACAAGACUUCGAGGUGGAGUCCUGGAGUCUGGCUGUGGAUCAGCACUUCUUAAAGAAAUAUUCGAAGGAAAUGAUGAAGAGACAGGAUGUUAUAUAUGAGCUCAUCCAGACAGAGAUACACCACGUGCGGACGCUCAAGAUCAUGCUCCGUGUUUACGCUCGAGAACUGCGGGAGGCACUUCAGCUGGACGACAGGAGGCUGGACUGUCUGUUUCCCCGGCUGGACAGCCUGCUGGAGCUGCAUAGCCACUUCCUGUCCCGUCUCCGGGAGCGUCGCGCAGAGUCCCUGCAGCCGGGCAGCGAAUGCAACUAUGCCAUCCAUAAACUCUCAGAUAUCCUUAUAUCCCAGUUUUCCGGAGAGCUUGGAGAGCGAAUGAAGGAAAGUUAUGGGGAUUUCUGCAGUCGGCACACCGAAGCAGUCAACUACUACAAAGAGCAGCUGCAGAGCAACAAGAAGUUCCAGAACCUCAUGAGAAAAAUCAGUAAUCUGUCAAUAGUGCGGCGGUUAGGCAUACCAGAGUGCAUCUUGCUGGUGACACAGCGAAUCACCAAAUACCCCGUUCUUCUGGAACGCAUCCUGCAGAACACAGAAGUUGGGACAGAGGAACAUGAAGGAUUAGCGCAGGCUCUCAGUCUAAUCAAAGACGCCAUCGUUCAGGUGGACUCCCAGGUCAAUCUCUAUGAGAAGGAAGCGCGGCUCAGGGAGAUCGUCUCCAAGAUGGAGCCCAAGUCACUGGGGAAAAUCAAAGACGGACGUGUUUUCCGGAAGGAGGACCUUUCUCAGGGCCGCCGCAAGCUCUUGUACGAGGGCAUGGUCAACUGGAAAGCCGCAUCUGGUCGACUUAAAGAUAUUCUUGCUCUACUUCUUACCGAUGUUCUCGUCUUAUUGCAAGAAAAAGAUCAGAGAUACGUGUUCUCGACUGUGGACAACAAGCCUUCCGUUAUUUCACUGCAGAAGUUGAUUGUGCGUGAGGUGGCACACGAGGAGCGGGCCAUGUUCCUCAUCUGCGCCUCAUCUAACGAACCUGAGAUGUACGAAAUCCACACGAGCUCAAAAGAAGACCGCAACACCUGGAUCACCCACAUUCGUCAGGCCGGGGAGAGCUGUCCACAUAUAGAAGAGAGAUUGUUUAGUGAGGAAGAGGAAGCCAGAGUCGCCCGCUUCCGAGAGUUUCAAGAUCGGCUGACGUUGAAGGAUGCUCAGAUCGCCCAGAGCCUCACGGAGAAGCUGCAGUUGUUUGCAGAGCUGGCUGAAUCUGUGUCCGGUCUGGAGGACGCCAGCUCUCGCUCCCGUCUGCUGCUGCGGGGCGACGCCACGGACCUCCAGCAGGGAGAGCAGCUGCUCAAAGGAGCCAUUACUGAAGCGGAGAACCUGCAGAACCUCCUUGCAUCUGUAGCUCGGGAAUCAUCUCCACAGACCGAGGGGAACCAGAGUCCAUCCUUGAGUUCACUGCCACGCAGAGCAGACACCUUUGGCGGCUACGAUAGCAUUCCUAGCAUUCUGCCUAAGAACGGCAGCAUUAAGAAGAAGGUUCCCGGAGCAGGCGGCAGGUCACGGGACAGGAGUCAGCGGGCCAGCUCUGAUCCUCAGCUCAAACGGGUGUACACAUGUCAGGACCGGGAUGUGCUGGACGAGGCCUCCUCAUCCGGCGUGCUCAAAAUGUGGUCCACCGGUAAAUUUCAGGAAUCAGAGUUCUAUGAGCGAGUGCUGCUGCUGUCCCAGAGGCUGUACAGUUUACAGGCCAUAAUCUCUCAGCAGGACAGCCACAUCGAGCUCCAGCGGGCCUCUCUCCUCACCGCCGAGCGAGACCGUCCCGGCAGCCGGAACCGCGGCACAGACGUGCUCCUGGAGCAGGAGAAGCAGCGCAACUUGGAGAAGCACCGCGAGGAGCUCGCCAACUUCCAGAGGCUGCAGAACCAGCAUCGGCAGGAGCAUGCGCGCUGGGAACGGGAUCGGGAGAAGCACCGGCGGCAGGCGGAGGCGGCUGAGCAGCGGCUGAAGGAGCGCGAGGAGGAGUGUCAGCGACUGGAGAUGCGUUUGGCCGAGGAGAGGCAGGAGCUCGAGAGGCAGAGGCAGACAUACCAGCAAGACCUGGAGAGGCUGAGAGAGUCCACACGUGCCAUUGAGAAAGAGAAAGAGCGAUUAGAGCAACAGAGGAAGUUGAAGAAGCACAACACUGUGCCAAAUACGUCAGGACUGUAUGCACAGGAAGUUGGACAGCUUUCCAGUUCCUCCAGCUUCAACGGUGAGCUGCUGUUCGGUGGAGCAGGGGAGCAGACGCUUCCUCAGAAGACACUCCAGCGGAGCUCUCUCUCCGUGUCCCCGGCAGACUACCUGGAGCGUCCCAAAGUCCACUCGCGCCGCGAGAGCUCCUGCAGCAUCCUUCCGGCCAAGGCGGAGGUUCCCAUCCACCUCAUCAGCACCACCAACCAGCUACACAAGCAGGGCAGCGUCCAGCAGCAGAUACCGACUAAACUCGCCGCGCUCAGCAAGGGCAAGGAGAAGAGCGGGAAGGCCAGGAGUUCGCACCACACCAACAGUUCUGCUUCUGGAGAACUGAAGCAGAUGCUGCCCAUCAAGCUGUCAUCAAGGGAUUCGGAUGAAGGUCACAAAGCACGCCGGCCCAUCAGCCCCAACCAACCUCAACAUUCGCACUCAGAUUCCCUCAGCCCUCCAGAUGCUCACACGGACGCCCAAUCUAGCCUCACGCCCGCCGUUCUCAAAACACACAGCCAGACGUCCCAGCCCACCCUCUCGUACACUGUUAGCGAAGAAGCUGCCAAGGAGGACGUUAUCUAUUUCUAAGUCCUCUGAUGGGAUGCAAAGACGUUGCGUUGGUGUUUCGGGCGAUAUUUUAAUUAAGGAACACUUUUCAAUCAUCCUAGUCUUAACAACUUACAUGUUUUAUUGAAGCCUGUAAAUUUCAACAAAGAAAAAUGUGUUUUAGUUUGUUUGAAGAAAAAAAAAAAAAAAAGACUUGUUUGUCCAGAAAACCCAAAGACUUUGACGGAGAGCUUCACGUGAAGAUUAGUUCUGUAGCAUGCGCUCCUAGUGGACGAUAUGAAGGGCAAAUGGAUGUUUUUAGGUUGCUUAUUGUUGUGGUGAGCAGUUUUGCACUGUGUCAACGUCCCAUUUUGUAUUUGGGAUGACUGUUUCUGUUGGAUUUGACGUUUGUUCACACUGUAAUUUUUGACUGUACACUGUAUGAACUCUUUUGAUUUCAGAAAAGCCAACUCCAUUUAAGUGGUAAUUUCAUUCAUGUGGUUCAUCUUUUUAGAGAUUUCCUUCAGAUGCCCCCCCCCCCCCAAAAAAAAUUGAAGCGAAUUCAAGAUUUUAUUAACCAAUAUUCUGCUUUAAUUUAUAUGUUAAUAGAUCUUUCUAAUGGAGAGAGCAGUUAUCUGUGUAUUUUGAGAUUACUCAAAUAAAAAUCAGAUGAAGGAUACAAAUGUUUUAGACGGUAAAUGUUUUCCAAAUGAUCAAAAAGUCAAUGUAAGACUUGAUUUGGCAGAAAUACAAACACUCGAGACUCUUGAUGGACAGGUCAUGAAUUACCCUGAAAAAUCAAAAGAAAAAUAAAAUUGCAUUGUGAUGUCAUUUUAAUAAUUUUUUUCAUAAUAUUAUCAAUACCGUAAUGCAGAGCCAAUAUCAUUACCAUAAUGCAAAGCCAAUAUCAUUACCAUAAUGCAAAGCCAAUAUCAUUACCAUAAUGCAAAGAAAAAUUGUUUAAAUAGUUUUGAAAUUAAUUUAAAACUAAAUUACAAGUAUACAUCAUGGUAGUGUUUUUGCUUUUUUAAAAUGUAUUUUAUUUUUUUAAUACCAAAAAAAAAUAAAUGUGUCUGAACAAAUUCUUAUAACUGUAUUACAGUUGCAUUAUGUGUUUGCGGAAUUUUGGGGAAAAUGUUUAAUUGAAUUAAAUCAUACUAAAAUAGGGUUUACUGUUUUUUUUUUUUGUUUUUUUUUUUUUUUUUUUUUUUUAAGAGAAAAAUAAAAUCUUUUAUUUGGGGUAAAAUGACAUUAAUGGAGACCGUUCCAUUUAAGAUUAGUGCCAAAUAUAGUUAAAUAUUGUGAUACAUGUAUACGAGUUUUUAACAAACUUAAUUUAGUUUCCUUACCCAUCCUAGUUAUAUCUGCUUUUAAGAAUUUUUCUCUAAAAAGAUUUUUAUUUUUCUGUUUGAAAAUCUUGUUUCCUAUGUUUUUGCAUUUCCUCCUUUCCUAUGACCCACAUUCAUUCCAUGUCUAAUUGAAGUCUGCAAAGUUGUCAAGCCUCUCCUCUGUUCUCAAGCUGACCACACAAACGUUUGUGAUGUAAUGCAUUGGAUUUCAGAGAAAUGCCACCAGACUUUGAUGGUCUGUCAGUAUGAAGCCACUGAAUGAUUUCUGCCGUUCGUUUCCUGCGACUGUGUGACUUGUAUGUAUAUGUUGUACAUAUAGUUUCCUUCUGACAUAGAUGAGAUGUAGAUAUUAUGCCAGGAAUUUAAAUAUGCUCCAUUUGAGUAUAGUUUUCUUCAUUUCGUUUUUUUAGGCACUUUUUUUUUCAAAUCUGUCUUUGAGUGUUUUUAUUUUAGUUAACACAAAAAUGCAUUGCUUUUGGAUAGAAUUUCACCUGUUCCACUCGGCAGAAGUAGUAUUUUUGACAUUACAUUUAUAAAAACAACUUGAUUUGAUAUUCAUCCUAUAUUUAGAGUUUCUAGGUCCAAUGCUUUCCCAGUGAAGGGGUAUUUUCACAUUGUAGCAGAUGGGUUUUGACGGUCAAUGACACGUAAAUAAAUGUCACGUGAUGCUGAUGAUGUAAUAAUGAAGUUAGUGACUAAAUGCUGUUUGUCUCGCUCCUUUAGCUGCAGCGCACUUUACCUCAGAAUGAAUAGUUUUCUUUGAUUUCUUGUAUUUGUUCAACUGUGAGCUUAAAAACAUCACGUCGCUUUAAAUUGUCCCUUGAUCCGGCCGGCAUUCAUUGUGACUGUAGCUUCUUGGUGUCUGUGAUUGUAUGACGUAUUUUAUGUUAUUCCUUUGCGAACAGGAUAUCUUGUCAGAUAUUAUCAAAUUAUUUCUUAAAAAAAAGCAAAAAACAAUAUUUUUCUGUUUCAAUUUACACUAGCCACUUUUCAAUACCAGCAAACUUCAAGGGGACCUCAAGUGUUAAUAUUUCUGAUGUUCGGUCUUAAAUGUUUAGCACGCAAGGCCAGUGUGAUUGUUGUUGUUUUUUUCUACCACAGCAUUGUACUCACUCUACUGAAGAAAAACAGAAAUACUUGUGAACACUUAAAACUGCUGCCUUUAGAGACAUUUUAGUAAUAAAACAAGUGUAAAAAUA